AGGGGAGAGGGCACGAGCGGAGGCUCAGGCAGGCACUGGGAGCGGAGAGCGCGGCGGCGUCGGGAAGGCGGGGCGGGGGGUGGGGGGGGGAGGAGGAGGAGGAAGGCGGCAGCGCGGCCGCGGCAUGCCAGGCUCGAUGUUCUCCGAGAUGGAGCCUGUCAGCGACUCUGGCGGUAACGGUGGCGGAGGAGGAAGCACGGUGGCGGUGGGCAGCGGGGGAGCCGCCGACGCCGCCGCCGCUGCCGCCGCUGCCGGCCACAUUAGUAGCACGGAAGAGGAUCAGAAAUCGCUGCGGCUCGCCUUGGAUCACCUCUCCAUCUUGGGGCUGGGAGAGGAAGGCGACGGGCUGCUGGUCGAGGGAGGCGGCGCGACGGUGGAGGACGAGGAGGAGGAGGAGGAGGAGGAGGAGGAA